CCUUAAACCAAAUUCCCAUCGAAAAUAAGAAACGAAAUAUCAAGAAGUUCAUCUUACAGUAUUAUUUUUUGCAUAAAAUGUCUCUGAUACCAAGCUUCUUUGGCAACCGCCGGAGCAACGCGUUCGAUCCAUUUUCAUUGGAUGUUUGGGAUCCAUUUCAGGGCUUCCCAUUCUCCUCCGCCGGAGAAACAACCGCCGUGGCCAAUGCUCGGAUCGAUUGGAAAGAGACGCCGGAGGCACACUUGUUUAAAGUGGAUGUUCCUGGAUUGAAGAAAGAGGAAGUGAAGGUUGAGGUUGAAGACGGGAAUAUUCUUCAGAUCAGCGGAGAGAGAAGCAAGGAGAAAGAGGAGAAGAACGACAAGUGGCACCGCAUCGAGAGGAGCUCUGGCAAGUUCAUCCGCAGAUUCAGGCUGCCGGAGAAUGCAAAAUUGGAGGAGGUGAAGGCGGCUAUGGAGAAUGGGGUGCUGACUGUGACUGUGCUAAAAGAGGAGGUGAAAAAACCUGAGGUCAAGGCCAUUGACAUCUCUGGUUAACUUUGAAUUUUUUUGUGCAGCAAGUUCUGGAUGUAAUGAAUAAAGUUGUUUUGAUGCCAAGUGGAAUAUCAAUAUGUAUAAUAAGUUUUAAAUAAGAAAUUACGGUUGUCUUUUACAUUAAUUCAUUUUAUAGUUUAUCAUUUGAUUGUUAUCUCAU